AGAAUGGACUGUUUUAUACUUUCUAUUCGAGAGGUGCGAUUUCUCUUGACUAAGAAAACGUUUUUUGUUGCUUUAUUUGGAGAAUCGGUCAAACUCUGAAGAGGUAAACUAAUGUCGAGUCGUAUGCUGUAACAUUGUAAACAUUUAGUCUAAUCUUAGUUUCACUAUCUCUGAAGGGAUAGGAGAUUAUGUUACAGUAGUCUAGGCUUUAUUGUUGAAGUAGCAUAUCUUUAAAUUAAGUUGUUGCGUAAUUACCGGCAGAAAUGUCUGUAGAGCCGAUCGCCACCACGAUGGAAAACUUCAAGGGGUCACCGGGUGCGUUUCCCGUGGUAUUGAAGAAAAUAAUGGAAAUGCCCCCACCGAAUUUACUCGAGGGCGACGAUGGUAAGUCUAGAUGCUUCUGUGUGGGGGUUACACGCACUGUUAGUUCUAGGCAACAAACUGUGAAGCGGCCGAAUUGUGCCGGGUAAAGCCGAAUGCGAAUACAUUUUAUGCAAUGUAGUAGCCUAAAAUUGAUAGGCCUACACAAAAUCACAUCCUGUCUGUUUGUUUCUAUAGUGUUAUGAUCAACCAAGCAUUCAGAUAUCCCUUCAUCUGAAUUUAAACAAAAAUUGGGUAGCUGCACUUCAGUCCUUUGGUUCUCAGACAGCACAUACACAGUUGACAGUUGACAGUAAAUUCCUCUCUCCCCCCUCCCCCACUCCCUUCUACUCUCCACCUCAUCACCACACUAACUAGGCAGGUAUCCAUUGACCCAGCUGUAUUCGAAAAAAGCAAUGUCGCAAAAUGCGACGUGUAAUGGAAACGGCAGGUAUAGGAUACAUUUUCUAAAGAUAUACAUAUUUUUUUCGUUCGACAGGGGUGGAUCUUUCUUCUGUCGAACUUUCUUUAUUGCGACAAAUGACGAUGGAAACAGUAUUUUUCGAAUAAAUUAUGAUUGACGAAUCAUUUUCAAGGUACGUGAUGUCACGGUGUAACUAUAAAGUUCCACUCUACAAUAAAUUAUAAAUGCCUAAGUCUUGCAAAAUCAAUAUUUUUCAACUAUACAACAUUUUCUUUGAAGGACAACGAUUGUCCGUCCUAUCAUUCAAGAAUGCCUGAAUUGCUUCGCCUUGCUUUCCUGGUUGGCUGUCAAGUUUCACCAUCCAAUUAUUUCAGAUCUAUAGGAGUGUGGCAUAGACGGUGGCGAUAGGUUGGCAAAUAUUAGUCAGUAAUUGCAUUCUAUCCAUGCUGACUUUCGCGGGCUACCUGAGACAUGAAACAGAUAGGUGGGAGGGCAUACAUGCUGUCGCCAAUGUAUUUGCCUAAAUGGGUAAUGGAAACACUUCAACCACUACAUUUUUAUUUGACGCUGUAGGUUUUUGCGAAAACGUCCAGUCUUUUUCAUCCACACGAGUUACAUGGAAACGCACACUAGCAGGCAAUUUUCGCAUAUAUUUUCUAUGCGAACUUUAUAAAUGUCACAAAAAAUCAAUGGACAAGUUAAUUGAAACAUACCUACUUCGAAUUCUGAGUUGGAUGACCAUUCAAAACGAUUUUCCCAGUCGUAGCUCGUUUCUUUCCUAGUUCCCAGUUGUCUUGAACGCAUUGAAGUAGGCUAUUUAAGAGUUCCCAGUUUUGAACACUGCAUAAAUUAGUAGGCUAGGUCACGUAUUCGUCUGACUAGUGUCAAGGUCCGCUUUCCACCAAAUAGUGAUGUAGGCCUUAUAUUUCAUCAUAUCUCUUCCAUUGGUUGAAAUAUGGUUCUUGCAUGAUCAGAGUUGUGGGUUUGGUUCUCACAUGGACCACUUAGAUGAAAUAUGUCCUGAGUGUAAAUGGCUCAGGAUAAAACCAUUUACUGAAUGACCAUGUCAAAUAAACCCUUUUCCAAUGCCCGUCUUAUCUCUUUUACUUUUAGACUUUUAGAUUUGUUUAUUGUUGUGAAUUGUUAGAUACUACUGCACUGUUGGAGCUAGGAACACAAGCAUUUCGCUACACCCGCAAUAACAUCUGCUAAAUAUGUGUAUGUGACCAAUAACAUUUGAUUUGACUUGUUUUAUCCUGCCUGCCAUAACCCAUUACAUUAAGUAAGGCUCUUCUGUUUUGCUGCCACAGACAAUGACAAGGAUAAGCUGUUUACGGGGGACAAUGUGGACCUUGAAAGAGGGAGCGGGUUGGGUCCGUCGGCCGCCCUGACCCCAGCCAUCUGGGACAAGACCAUCCCGUACGACGGGGAGACCUUCCACCUGGAGUACAUGGACCUGGAGGAGUUCCUCAUGGAGAACGGCAUCCCCACCUCAUCCUCGUCCCUGGACGAUGCUCUCAACAUGGAAAUUGCAGAGAAGAAGACAGAGAAGCCAACCAGCACCACGACAGCCCCCAUCUCCCUGCUGCCCGUCCUGGAACUAGACCAGUGUGAGGAGGAGGUGGUCACCAUCACCCUCAACAGUGCUGAUAUCACAGCCAACACCGGUAGGAUACACCUGUGAAAUCAUUAGAGCCUUAUGUCUUAAUGGUCUGUUAGUGUUAUUACAUAGAUACUUACCCUAGUAGUUACAUGGUAUAAUGCGUAAAUAAUACAAAGCGUGACUCAAAUGCAUUUAAGAUCAAAGUAAAUCAAGUAAUUUGUUCUUGGUUCUGCCAUAGACAGUCAGACAUGUCUGAGCACCAAGGGCGCACAUGUACAGGGAAACUUACUGGUUUAUUUGAAUGUCAUUCAAGGCUGUAUGCACCAUUGUGUGUGCUUCUGUAAAUGGUGGUAAAAAUAGAUCCUAGCUAUGCUGAGUGGUCAAGACAACAGAGGUGUUUACUAGAGCUGACCAACAGACGUGGGCUGUGCUCCAUGAGGUCAUCUUAUCAAAUGUAGAAGCCUGGAUUUAAGGUGGGUAGAGCCAAAUGUAUGGUUCUGGAACAGGAAUUAAAUUACUUGCAGUCUCACAGAAGAGAAUAUUCCAUUUACAUUGGGAGCAUUUAUUUACCCUUAAAACUGAUUGUAGCUUUUGCCCAUCUACCUGUAAGGUUCUGAAAAAAUUGUAAUAACUCAAAAGGACGACUAGAAAAAGCUCAAGCCAAUUUCAUCCCAUUGGGUCAUAUAGCUGCAAAGACAGGAUAUGACGAUACAAGCACAUAUAUUUAUAACCUACUAGGCGGGGUAAACUCCAUACACACAUCUAGACAGCCAGUACAUCUCUGUUGCUAGGCAGGAACUAAAUUGGUUCCUCUUACUGGUGUAGUCAUGGCCCUGCCUGAUGCUAGAACCUUCGUGGAAGUGUAUGUGUGUGUGACAUAGGACUGUAGUAGGAGGGUCGUUGUGGUGGGCCCCUCUGGCCCCCCUUCCAGUGGUUUCUUCUCGUUUCAUCUGUUGACUUGACCCUAGUUCCGCAGCUGGCCUGCCUUAUCAGAGAUUAACUGUUGCCCUUCGCCACGCACAGUAAUUUUCAAUACACAUUCCUUAUUCACCCUUCAUUGACAUAGAACAUAAACAGUUAUCAUACAUGUAACGUAAUCCAUAUGUUCUUAUACAGUGACAGGAAUAAGUAUAUUUCAAGUUAGAACCCAACAAACCCAAACGGGAUACUUGAACCCUUAACCUAAUGCUUGGUCACCUGUAUCUCCCCCAUAGAGGUGGUGACAGACAAGGACAGGCUGACCCCUGAAACCAUCGACCCGGAGGAGAUUGAGGUGAACGUGAACUUUGACCCAGACCCUACAGACCUGGUCCUGUCCAGCGUUCCUGGAGGAGAGCUGUUCAACCCACGCAAACACAAGUUCUCAGAGGAGGAACUCAAACCACAGCCCAUGAUCAAGAAGGCCAAGAAGGUGUAUGUACCUGAGGAUUCUAAGGUAAGUCAGAGACAUGGAGGUCAGAAAGCAUGAUAAGGGUGUGGUAGGUAGGUGGGUGUGUGGGUAGGUAGGUGGGUGUGUGUGUGGGUAGGUGGGUGUGUGGGUGGGUAGGUAGGUAGGUGGGUGGGUGGGUAGGUAGGUGGGUGUGUGGGUAGGUGGGUGUGUGGGUAGGUGGGUGGGUGGGUGGGUAGGUAGGUGGGUGUGUGGGUAGGUGGGUGGGUGGGUGUAUGUUUAUUCUAAUUCCAAGAAGAGAAAUUGUAUGUUUAAAAAAAUGUUAUUUAAUUGUGGAUUACAGUACCACCAGAUAGUUCAUAGAGCAGUGGUCACCAACCGCGACUGGUCGAUCUUCAAGGCAUUCCUAGUCGAUCACCAAACAUUUCUGUAGAAAAGCCAAAGAUAAAGGCUUGCUCCAUUAACAAAAUGUUCGCUGUUGGGAGAUCUGUAGCUAAAUCGAGUGUCAUCGUGCCUACAGCUUCCAGCAAAGUUUGAUACUAGCCUACAUGAGACUUGACCAGAGAGAGACAGUCAAAGAAUACAUAAAAGAGCUGCUGUUUUUAUGAGCGAGUUCAUGUUUAAGUUUUUAUUCAGCACUGUCAACACUGUUUUUAUUCAACACUAUAAAACACGCUUCUUCGUACUACCAUUCGCUCCAGCUGCUAUGAAUCAGUAGCCAAGUGAAUCGAUAUCCCUGCGUUUUUAGUAUUAUUAGCAGCUCGUCGUGUCUAUUUUAAUAUUGAGAAAUAUUUCACUUUCUCUGGUCAUAGGAACAAUGUGAAUUUGUGCAUGAGGCAGAUGCUGAUGCGGUGCGACUCGAGUUUCGCCAUCAGGUGGAAGACUGUGUCCCCUCUCUCUGGUCAGUCUCACUGGAAGAAAGGAAGGGAGAGAGGGACCGUGAGAGGCGGACCCUCUGCUGCUCUCUCCCUCCCUCCGCUGAGACUAAUGCCGUGUUUAAAACAACUGGAAACUCAGAACUUGGACAUUUCUGACUUCAGUGCGUUCAAGACAACUGGGAACUCUGACAAAAACUAGAUCCGACUGGGAAAAAUAUUUUUGAACGGUCAUCCAACUCUGAAUUCCAAGUCUGGCAUCUUUCUAGCACUCCGACCUGAAGAUCACUGACUUCAUGAUUUAACCUUUUUUUAUUUUUUUGUUCCCAGUUGUCUUGAAAGCACCAUGACCAUCAGAUGCAGGUACAAAUUAUUUCAAUUUAAGUGCUACACAAACUGAUCUAUUUUAUUAUCAAAGCUCAAGUGUUGAAAUAUACUGAACAGAAAUAUAAACGCAACAUGCAACAAUUAACGAUUUUACUGAGUUACAGUUCAUAUAAGGAAAUCAGUCAAUUGAAAUAAAUUCAUUAGACCCUAAUCUAUGGAUUUCACAUGACUGGGCAGGGGCGCAGCCAUGGAUGGCCCAGCCAAUCAGAAUGAGUUUUUCCCCACAAAAGGGCUUUAUUAUAGACAGAAAUACUCCUCCGUUUCAUCAGCUGUCCGGGUGGGUGGUCUCACACGAAGAAGCCGGAUGUGGAGGUCCUGGGCUGGUAUGGUUAUACGUGGUCUGCAGUUGUGAGGCCGGUUGGACGUACUGCCAAAUUCUCUAAAAUGACAUUGGAGGCACCUUAUGGUAGAGAAACUAACAUUCUAUUAUCUGGCAACAGCUCUGGUGGACAUUCCUGCAGUCAGCAUGACAAUUGCACGCACCCUCAAAACUUGAGACAUCUGUGGCAUUGUGUUGUGUGACAAAACUGCACAUUUUAUAGUGGCCUUUUAUUGUCCCCAGCACAAGGUGCACCUGUGUAACGAUCAUGCUGUUUAAUCAGCUUCUUGAUAUGCCACACCUGUCAGGUGGAUGGAUUAUCUUGGCAAAGGAGAAAUGCUCACUAACAGGGAUGUAAACAAAUGUGUGCACAAAAGUGGCGAGAAAUAAGCUUUUUGUGCGUAUGGAAAAUUUCUGUGAAAUAAGCUUUUUGUGCGUAUGGAAAAUUUCUGUGAGCUUUUAAUUUCAGCUCAUGAAACAUUGGACUAACACUUUACAAGUUGUGUUUAUAUUGUUGUUCAGUAUAUAAUAUGGUCUGAUAAGAACAAUAUUGUCAGGCCAGGCAAAUAGCCAAUAUGCUGUGAUAAUAAUGUACCUCAUUCCCUACAGAACGGUUUUUAUUAGGUUAAUGUUACAUUUGUUUAAGUCAUGUUAAAAAAGAAUAAUAAUCUGAGCAGUAGAUCUCUGCUUGCUUUUUGACUGUGAAAGUGAUCCUGACUCAAAGGUUGGUGACCACUGUCAGAGCAUUCAGUCAUUCAGAAGGGCUCUUUAAAUGAAUUAUCACCAGUGAGGGAAAACUAGGUUUUGCUUUUUAACGAGGCUUUCAAUAACUGAGCAGCGACAUUGAAUUGAAAGCAUGCUCUCAUCAAGGUCGCUUUCAAAAACCACCUUGUUCUCUCUCUGCUCUUUCUCUUUCCCCCUCUCUCCUCCUCACAAGGAUGAGAAGUACUGGCAGAGGAGGACGAAGAACAACGUGGCGGCUAAGCGUUCCCGGGACGCGCGGCGACUCAAGGAGAACCAAAUCACGGUGCGGGCAGCGUUCCUGGAGCGUGAGAACACGGCGCUACGACAGGAAGUGGGCGAGCUACGGAAGGACUUUGCCCGCAGCAAGAAUGUUGUGGCCCGCUACGCAGCCAAAUUCGGAGAGCUGUAAGACACAGACAAACACAGACAACCGCUGGCUGGCCGUUGCACACAGAUUGCAUCAGCUAGUCACUUCAUUUUGGUCAGGUCACAAAGUAGCAACAUCCUUUGU